UUUGAUAUUUCUUAAAAAAAUUCUCUAAUUUUAACUGUGAAUAUAUAAAAGUAACAUUGCCCCCUUACUUUUCUUUUAGGAAAAGAAAAAAAGAAAAAGAAAAAAACCAUAAAUUUUGAAAAGAAUGGCAGAAUGAAGCUUCUACAUUUCGCAUCACCCACCGACUAGACCUACCUGGGACAAGCAUCAAAACUUCUGGAACAAACAAGUCCUUCCUAUCUAUGCACAUUCCCUUACCAAUUACAGCAAUAUAUAUAUAUAUAUAUAUAUAAAUAUAUAUAUAGAGAGAGAGAGCGCAAACCGGAGCCCAGCAAUUCACAACUUUGAUUUGUAUUUUUGAAUACUCCAUUUACUGUUUCCUUUAUUUUUUUCUCUCUCACAAAUGGAAGAAGGAGGAGCUGUGACUGUAUACAAUAACAGUGCCAUUACAGACGCUAAGAAAAACCCAUAUUCUAUCAAGGUUGGUUUAGCUCAGAUGCUGCGCGGAGGUGCAAUUCUUGAAGUCAUCAAUCCACAACAAGCAAAGCUAGCUGAAGAAGCUGGCGCAUGUUCUGUCAUGGUAACAGAGCUGCCAAUUCGUCAGGGCAUUCAACGAAUGCCUGACCCAUCUCUCAUCAAAGAGAUUAAACGCGCAGUUUCCAUCCCUGUCAUUACUAGAGCUCGCGUGGGCCACUUUGUUGAGGCCCAGAUACUGGAAGCUAUUAAUGUUGAUUAUAUAGAUGAAAGUGAACUGCUUGCUCUAGCAGAUGAGGAUAAUUUCAUUAACAAGCAUAACUUUCGAACGCCAUUCAUUUGUGGAUGUAGAGAUCUCGGUGAAGCCUUGAGGAGAGUGAGGGAAGGGGCGGCGAUGAUUAGGACUCAAGGAGAGUUAAGAGGCUAUGGAAAUGUUGGUGAAACAGUGAGGAAUGUGAGAAAUGUGAUGAAAGAGAUUAGGAUUCUAAAUAACAUGGAUGAAGAUGAGAUGUUUGCUUUUGCUAAAAAGAUAAAUGCACCUUAUGAUCUUGUUGCACAGACUAAGCAAAUGGGAAGGUUGCCCGUUGUGCAGUUUGCUGCUGGAGGUAUUGCGACUCCUGCAGAUGCAGCAUUAAUGAUGCAAUUGGGUUGCGAUGGGAUUUUUGUCGGCAAUGAGGUCUUUCACUGUGCCGAUCCGUAUAAGCGAAUGAGGGCUAUAGUGCAGGCUGUUAGGCAUUAUAAUGAUCCUCAUGUGCUGGUCGAGAGUAGCUGUGGGUUGGAGGAUGCUAUGGCAGACCUUAAUCUCCCUCAGGACAGGAUCGAACAAUUUUGCCGUAGAACUGACUAGGGAGGGGGAACCCCAAAUACAGUUGAGGACUGCAGAGAGUUGGUCUUUCUUCAUAUCAUUGCGUUCAUUGUUCUACUUACAUAUAAUUGGAUCCACUUAGAACCUCAACUGAAGCUUUUGAAGUCAAGAAGUAACACCCAUUUGCUUCCUAACUCCAUUCUUUGCCCAUGGUUUACAUAUUCUUGAUCUCAGUAGAUUAAGAACCGCAAAGUUUUUGACAGUUAUGUACAUAAACCAUCUCUUUAUCUAGUUGGGCUUUGCUGAAAAGCUCCAAGGAGGAGUCAUUGUCAAGGUCACGAAUGUAGAACAGGCAAAAAUAGCAGAGGAAGCUGGAGCUUCUUGUAUUGUUAUUCACCAUGGAACUUCUAGAGGCACUAACCAUGAAAAUGGAAGGUGUCCGUGGAUUCAAGGACAAGCAUUCAGGUGGCAGUACUUAGUUAUGGGAGGACUUAGGUGGAUGAGCUGACAUGGUUGAGACGAUUAAAAAUGUUAGGUCAAUGUGAAAAUGGCAAGAACCUCAACUAUUACCUAUUCGGACGACGAGCUCUGAUUUUAAAUAGAAGUUGGAGGCAUCUUAUGAGCUUGCAGCACAAAGGAAGUGAAUGGGUAAGCUUCUAGUCAUGCUAUUGGGAUGUGAUAGUGUUAGAUCUGAAGUUUCUGCAUCAGAAUUUUAUACAUCAAGUACGAUAUGCAGUUCACAUCCAUGUAAGCGAAUUUCCAAAUUGUUUGGGCUGUUAAACACUAUAAUAAUCCUUCUGUCUUGGCAAAAUGUAGCUAUAGUGGGAGGAAACCAUGGUGGUGGAGGAUAGCUGCUGAAGUUUGGUUCUAAUGCACUCCUCUGGUAUUUUUACUUUGUAUUUCAGUUCAUUUCUUGGCUUGUAAAACGAUUUUAAAUAUAUCCUGGUAAGUAUAAAUUUCUGUUACCUUCUAA